GUCACCUCCCGCACCCUGUGGCACUUGUUACGGCGCCAUCUCGGUGACACCCUCCUCACUCUGCGGCUCCGGGGGACUCUCCGUUUCGGCUCCAAACACCGACUCCUCUCCCCUCCUCUUCUCCUGGCUCUGGAGAAACGUUGUCCCCAACUCCACCUCCUGUCCCUGGCUGACACCGACCUCCGCCCCGUCCCCUCCGCCACCAUCCCCGCGUCCCUCACCGCGCUGGAGCUGAGUCGUUGUGAAAUCCCCCCCUCCUGGUUCUCUGAUUCCCCCCCAAAACCAUUUCCCCGUUUACACCACCUCGUAAUCCACAACGUCCCGGCUUUUUCCGAUCACCAUCUGCUCAAUAUUUCCACCCUCAGCUCCUUGAAGACUCUGAGUUUAUGUGGCACCUACCGCUUAACGGCGACGGGGAUCCGGAGAGCGGCUCCUCGACUGGGAGAACUGGAGCGACUGGUCUUGCGCUGUCGCAUCGGGAGUGACUCCGCUAUCGACUCCGCUAUCGACUCCAUCAGCCGCCAUAUGAAGCGACUCCGGUUCCUGGAGCUGAGUGAUGUGGAUUUAACAGACUCUAAUCUGGAUUCUUUAACCAACCUGCAGCUCCUGGAGUCUCUCUGCCUCCGGCUCUGCCCUGGGGUCUCUCCCGGCGCCGUCAUCGCUUUGUGCCAAGCGCUGCCCGACUUGAGGAACCUCCGAUUAAUCGGGGUUCGUUUGGAAGAUGAAGUCGUGGAUAAAAUUCAAAUGAUUUUGCCUCGAUGUAGCUUUUCACACGCUGCUUGA